CCGUUUCUUAAGUCUAACUUUAUGAGGGAAAGAGGCCGAAGUUAAGGUAAGGUUGGACUCUAUACUUAAUUUUUUCAUUUGAGGAUGUCGAUUGCUGCUGAUUGUCCAGUAUACCGGUUAGUGGUUCCCCACCCCCCACAUUCCAUUCCUUGUACUGGUUAGUUGUUCUAAUCUCUCAAGAUCUUCUCCUCGGCAUUUCCCUCUCUUGCAUUUCUCCUAAUCCUUCCAUCUUCACAUUUAAGAUCAAAAUAGUGCUGGAAACUUGAUUGCCGCACACUCAGGUGCUGAAUUGGAAGAUUUGUAAAGGAUUUUGAUAGUAAUAUUGGACCUGCAAGUGUGGAGUUUCUCUCUCUAAGCAUCUAGUGAUCUAGGGCCGACUUAUUGGUCAGCUCUCUCUCAAAUAAUCCCAACUACUUUCUACACUUUCUCUCAACCGAAGGAGUCACAUAAAAUUCAAGCUUAUACACAUACACAUUCUACACUGAUCCAUUUAUUCUAGCAAAAGGUAUAUGUAGGCAUCACCACAGCUACACAAUUCUCAUCAGGAUUCACAACACCAAACACCAAUAAAUGGCAACUGAGUCAUCACAAAGGUAUGCAGUGGUUACUGGAGCAAACAAGGGGAUAGGAUUUGAGACAGUGAAGCAGCUGAGCUCAGAGGGAGUGUGUGUGGUGUUAACUGCUAGAGAUGAGAAAAGAGGGAGAGAAGCUACUUCAAAGCUGCAUCAGUUAGGUCUCAGCUCAGACUGUGUUCUUUUUCAUCAACUUGAUGUUUCGGACCCGCUUAGUGUCCAGGCCUUGGCUCAAUUUAUUCACCAAAAUUUUGGCAGACUUGAUAUCUUGGUUAAUAACGCGGGAGUCUCCGGAAGUGUAGUUGAUGAGGAUGCGUUGAGGGCAAUGAACAUAAAUCCUGCGGAUUGGCUAUCAGGGAAGGUGGCCAACUUGGUUCAAAGUGUAAUGAAACAAACAUAUGAGAAGGCAGAAGAAUGCUUGAAUAUCAAUUACUAUGGAGUCAAAAGAGUCACAGAAGCUCUACUCCCUCUCUUGAAGCUUUCUCCUUCAGGAGCAAGGAUAGUCAACGUGUCCUCUCUAAGAAGUGAGCUAAAGAGAAUCCCAAGUGAGAGCAUAAGGAAAGAACUUGGGGAUUUGGAGACUUUAACUGAAGAAAAAGUGGAUGGAAUUUUGAAAAAAUUUCUGCAUGAUGCCAAAGAAAAUGCACUCGAAGCAAAUGGAUGGCAUGUGAUGUUGCCGGCUUAUAGUAUUUCCAAGGCAACCCUAAAUGCUUACACUAGAAUAUUGGCCAAAAAGUACCCUAAUAUGUAUAUCAACUGUGUGCACCCUGGCUAUGUUAAUACAGAUAUUAAUUGGCACACAGGAACAUUAACUGUUGAAGAAGGGGGCAGAGGCCCAGUCAUGCUGGCCCUUUUACCAGAUGAAGGCCCCACUGGUUGCUAUUUUGAUCAGACCCAAGUGGCAAUGUUCUGAUUGUUGUUCUAAUUAAAGGAAAACUGGGAAAGAAGAUUUGGAUCUACUUAGACGUGAGAUUUCUCUUUUGGUAACGCCUGUUGGUAUUUGUGACUGUUUUAUGCGUAUAAAAGUUUGAACAAUUUACAUCCA